UGUCUUAAUCAAACGUGUGAGUUUGAUGUCGUUUUGGUGACUAACAAUGUUUUCUCUCACCUCUCACCCCAUUUCUAUCUUCUUCUUUCUUUGUACUUGUUCAUCUGUCUUUUCCUGAAAAUCUCCAUUAUUCGACAACCAUAAGAAGGACGACAACUCCGUAAAUCUGAGAUCAAAGAGAAGGUGAGAAGGAUAUAUAUAGUGAUUGUUGAAGGUCGGUGUCUACGAAAAAUGGUGGCUUCUUCUGGUGCUGCUAAAUCAGCGAAGACCAACAAUCGCAAACAAACGGGUAGCAUAGCAAAAAGAACUUAUUUUAAAAAAAGAGCAAACGAAGCUCCAGCUAAGGGAAGGGCGAAACAGGUGGUGGGCGAAAGAUCCCGGGCAAACGAAGAGAUGAUGUUUGAGGAACUUGAAAAUAUGGAGGUCGAGCUCAACGAAACGGGGCCAAUGUUCCCGCAGAUGCAAGCUGGAAACCAGAUGAUGGGAGAUGAAGCAACACGUAUGAGAAAUGAAAUACAUGAACUACGGGGAGCUCUUCAGAUAUUGGCGGCAGAUGUGGAACGGAUGAAGCAAAUUCCCCGUGAAUGGAACGUCGACGGGAGAAACUUUACUUCUUUUGACGAGGCGCAAACUUGGAUUCUGUCGCAGACCUAUGGUCAAGGUUCAGGCACGAACAACACCAGCAUGACUGCCUCUGCUGCUGACGAUCUCAUGGAUCUUGACAUAGAGAGUUUGUCAGGACAAAACACAUAAGGCUUGCAGACAUCUUUACCAAAGGCUUGACGAGAUAAAUUCAAGCUUAUGAGAAGGAGGUUAGGAGUUCAGCAAGUGUUCAAUCAAGGGGUAUGUUGAAAAGUGCUGGAAGCCCGGGCUGACAGAAGUGGUAAAGGACUUUGUUAAAUUGUAGCUGUGUUGGUUGGUAGUAAAAUGUAAAUGUUUGUGUCGUUUUAAUGUUAUCAGUGUUAACUAAACGAUUGUUCAUGAGCCGUUCAAGUGUAUUAG